AAUUUGCAUAUAUAAUUCUGUUUCAAAUUUACAGAUGACAAACAAAAAAAAAACAACAAAUCAAACUGGCGAUUGGCAGAAAGAAGAGGAAAUUGUACAAGCUGUUAUUAUUGCUGAUAGUUUUAAUAGAAAGUUUGCUCCUAUUACAUAUGAAACUCCAAGAGCGCUUUUAUCUUUGGGUAAUAAAGUACUGAUUGAUUAUGCAAUUGAAUAUCUAAUUGCAGAAGAAAUUCAAGAAAUUAUUGUUUUUUGUUGUUCAUUUGGUGAGAAAAUAAGAGACUAUAUUAAUGAGAAAUGGACUAAAAAAACAUCUCAUUGUUUAAUACAUUGUAUUAUGUCAUCAACUUCUGAUUGCAUAUCUCUGGGUGACGCUCUUAGAGAAAUUGACAGAGAGGGAUUGAUUCGGUCAGAUUUUAUUUUGUUGCCUGGUGAUCUUUUAUCCAAUAUUAAAUUAUCUUCUAUCAUCAAAGAACACAGAGCAAAAAGAAAAAAAGAAAAGACAUUAGUGAUGACAAAUCUUUAUAAAAAGAUGGAGCCGGGUCAUUUUAGUAGGUGUCCAGAAGAGGAUGUUGUGAUGGCAAUAGAAAGUGAUACAAACAAACUCUUGUACAUUCAAAAAAGUAAUUGCUGCAAAAAUCUUUUGUUACCAAUGAGUCUUCUCAAUAAUGAAAAAGAAGUUUGUAUUCGCUAUGAUCUUGCAGCCACUCAUAUUAGCAUCUGCUCUCCACAGGUUGCUCCAUUAUUUACAGACAACUUUGACUAUCAAAAUUUGGAUGAUUUUGUUAGAGGUGUUUUAAUUAAUGAAGAGAUAAUGGGAGAUCAAGUUUGCAUUGAAGUUAUGAAUGAAGGUUAUUCAUCUAGAAUCAAUGAUCUUCAUAUGUAUAAUGCUGUUAGUAUGGAUCUAUUGAACCGUUGGAUAUAUCCACUAGUUCCAGACAUUUUCUUUUCAUGUACUUUUAAACGUAAUAAUGUUUAUUUGGAGAAAGAUGUAAGAAUCGAAAGAAACUGUGACAUAUCAAAUAGUGUUUUGAUUGGAAAAUCAACAACUGUAGGAGAAAGUACAAAAAUAACAAGAAGUUGUAUCGGUUCUAACUGUAAAAUAGGUAGCAAUGUGACUAUAAUCAAUUCAUACAUUUGGGAUGAUGUUGUUAUCAAAGACAAUGCUGUGAUUAACCAAACUUUGAUUUGUAACAAUUGUUGUAUAAAUAAAUCUGUUUCUUUAACUGAUUCCAUAAUUUCAUUUGGCGUUUGUGUUGGAGAAGGAAUAACCUUGGUUGAGCGUACAAGACUCUCACUUAUUAAACCAGAAAAUAUUGGAAUCCAUCUUGAAAAAUUGGAUCUAAACAAGCAAUGCAAUUAUGAUAAAGAAGUUGGAACAGAUGGCAAAGGUUUCCUUUGGCCGCGCCAUGAAGAUAAUGACGAGGAAGAUGCAAAUGUUCCUAGUCUAGCUGGAAAUGUUUUUGAGUCCACUGAUGAAGAAAGUAGUGAAGAAGAUGAUGAGGAAUCAUUACCUCCAAGUCCUCCUAAUGAACAGAACAAUUUUCAUCAAUUUUAUGUUGAAGUUGUUGAGAAUUUGAGAUGUGGUGUUAUGGAGAACAUUGCUGCAGAUAACAUUUCUUUGGAAAUUAAUGCUUCAAAGUUUAAAUUCAACAUAAGCAUCCCAGAACUUUAUGAAGCUGUAAUCAAAGGUUUGUUAGAGUUAUCUAUUAUUGAAGGAUCAAAGCAGGAAUCCUUAGUUGCACUUGAAAAAAAUAUAACUUGUCUGCGACCAUUACUUCUUAAAUAUUUCAACAGUGAUGAGUCACAAAUGAAUGCAGUGUCUGUUGCAGAGAGUUUUUUUGCUACCAUGUUGAAUAUGGGUGGCUUGUUUCCAACAUUUCUCCACAAAAUGUAUGACAAAGAUAUAAUUGAUGAAGUAGUCAUUUUAAGGUGGUACAAAAAACCUCCUUUUACAGAAGAGUUUACUUUACAAGAUAAUUAUAACCAAUUACGUCAAAAUCCUACUCUUGUUAAGUUUAUUACCUGGUUGAACGAGGCAGACGAGGAAGAUAGUGAUGAGGAAUCUGAUUGAAAUU